CCAACGGCCGAUGUUGUCAGUAUACGAUCACAUCGGAGCAACUAAUAGGUGAGCAUGUGAGACUGCUCAGAGUAUGCAGAAAUCUUGCUGGCUCAUGAUACAAGUCCAAUUGCAGUCAUCCAUAUGAUCUAUCCUGAACCACACUGGCCCAUCUAUUCCGUCCCUAGUUUUUGGUCCACCAUAAAUCAUGCAGCUCAAAGCCGGUAGAUUCGGUCUGGUCAAGCUCCUGUCACCUCUGCUAUUUUCUCAGCAGGCAAUAUCCCAGGUUUCGCUCACCUACGACACUAGCUGCACAUUUGGUUGCCAGGAUGUCCCUUACGAAGGAGACUGCGUGACAGCUAAUUGUGGAGACAACGUGAUAGGAGGGGCUAGUAUCGGAGAUGCCAGUUGCGACUUCUAUUAUGGUUGGUGGUGCUCUGAGGGGACCUUCGAUGUUUCAAUCGGUCCCGAGACUUGUUAUAAUAUACCAAGCUUUGGCGGACCGUAUCCGAUCGCCGAAUUCUCGGUGAAGUGCUAUCCAGCUGAAUAUUCAGGCCCACGCCGGCCCAAUGAGCUACGGAAGCAGUAGGAAGGAGGGAUGCCCGGCAUUUCUGUUUGAUUUUCAGGUAAUCUUUUGCACAGGGUAUAGGAGGUUUUGGUCUAUCGAUUACGUUAGCUAGUUGAUCCUAAAGACGAG